AUGAUGACGCCUCCUCAAUCAGCCAGCCAGCCGUCCACUGAUUCCCUCGUCGACAGCCGUAGUGUGCUCGGUGCCCGAUGCCAUGCUUUCCCUCCAUCUUUCUAUCUUAAAUCUUCCGUGCCCGUCUUAAGCAUGCGUGUACCUGCCCUUUUGGCCUGCCUUCCACUGGUUCACUUCUCCGGUUCUCCUUCUCCUGCUCUGCCUGCUUGGCUGCUCCGCUUGCCAGUUGAGCGGGGCCGUGCCUGCGCAGCAGCGAUGAGGGACUGGGCGCCGUCGAUCAUCGCGACGGCGCUGUUCGCGCUCCUGUGCCCGGGUGGCGUCCUGCAGAUGCCCGGCCGGCAGCGGCCCGUCGACCUCAUGAACAUGAAGACCAGCUUCCCGUCCAUGCUCGUCCAUGCCAUCAUCUACUUCCUGCUGCUCAUGCUCUUCCUCGUCAUCCUGCAGCCUCAUCUCUACAUCUGA